GCCCUCCUCCGGAGAGAGAGGCUGAAGUGAGGCUGUGCGAAGCGCCGCAUUUCAAUGAGGACGGGCCGAGGCACAUCCCUGCACUAGUGGCCGCAGCCGAGACGCCCGCGCUCCAGUAGCCGCUGCCGCCCAGCCCGGCCCCGCCGCCGCCCCCAGCCCCGCAGCCCCGCAGCCCCGGCCGCGCCCAGCCCGGCGAGGACAGCACCAGGAGGCGGCCCCGAGCGCGGCCACAAAGACCCCCGGCGGCAUCUCUCCGCGGACCGGUCCGACUGGAAGUCCAUCAUGUCCUUCGGCAGAGACAUGGAGCUGGAGCACUUCGACGAGCGGGAUAAGGCGCAGAGGUACAGCCGCGGGUCGCGGGUGAACGGCCUGCCCAGCCCGACGCACAGCGCGCACUGCAGCUUCUACCGCACGCGCACGCUGCAGACGCUCAGCUCCGAGAAGAAGGCCAAGAAGGUGCGUUUCUAUCGAAACGGAGACCGAUACUUCAAAGGGAUUGUGUACGCCAUCUCCCCAGACCGCUUCCGAUCGUUCGAGGCCCUGCUGGCUGAUUUGACCCGGACUCUGUCGGAUAACGUGAAUUUGCCCCAGGGAGUGAGAACGAUCUACACCAUCGACGGGCUCAAGAAGAUCUCCAGCCUGGACCAACUGGUGGAAGGAGAGAGUUAUGUGUGUGGCUCCAUAGAACCCUUUAAGAAACUGGAGUACACCAAGAAUGUGAACCCCAACUGGUCGGUGAACGUCAAGACCACCUCAGCUUCCCGGGCGGUGUCUUCCCUGGCCACGGCCAAAGGGAGCCCUUCAGAGGUGCGAGAGAACAAAGAUUUCAUUCGGCCCAAGCUGGUCACCAUCAUCAGAAGCGGGGUGAAGCCGCGGAAAGCGGUCAGGAUUCUGCUCAACAAGAAGACUGCCCAUUCGUUUGAGCAGGUGCUCACCGAUAUCACCGACGCCAUCAAGCUGGACUCGGGAGUGGUGAAACGCCUGUACACCUUGGACGGGAAACAGGUGAUGUGCCUUCAGGACUUUUUUGGUGACGAUGACAUUUUUAUUGCAUGUGGACCGGAGAAGUUCCGUUACCAGGAUGAUUUCUUGCUAGAUGAAAGUGAAUGUCGAGUGGUGAAGUCCACUUCUUACACCAAAAUAGCUUCAUCGUCCCGCAGGAGCACCACCAAGAGCCCCGGACCCUCCAGGCGCAGCAAGUCCCCCGCCUCAACCAGCUCAGUUAAUGGAACCCCUGGUAGUCAGCUCUCUACUCCGCGCUCGGGCAAGUCGCCAAGCCCAUCACCCACCAGCCCAGGAAGCCUGCGGAAGCAGAGGAGCUCUCAGCAUGGCGGCUCCUCUACCUCACUUGCGUCCACCAAAGUCUGCAGCUCGAUGGACGAGAACGACGGCCCUGGAGAAGAAGUGUCGGAAGAAGGCUUCCAGAUUCCAGCCACAAUAACGGAGCGAUAUAAAGUCGGAAGAACAAUAGGAGACGGAAACUUUGCUGUUGUCAAGGAAUGUGUAGAAAGGUGAGAAGGGUUUAUCUGUUUUGUGUAUAUUCAUUACGAUAACUUUUCCCUUGGAAAGGAGCACAUGAUCCAGAAUGAAGUGUCUAUUUUAAGAAGAGUGAAGCAUCCCAACAUUGUUCUUCUGAUUGAGGAGAUGGACGUGCCAACUGAGCUGUAUCUUGUCAUGGAAUUAGUAAAGGGAGGAGACCUUUUCGAUGCCAUUACUUCCACUAACAAAUACACUGAGCGAGACGCCAGUGGGAUGCUGUACAACCUGGCCAGCGCCAUCAAAUACCUGCAUAGCCUGAACAUCGUCCACCGUGACAUCAAGCCAGAGAACCUGCUGUUGAGUUUUGUGUACCCAUCGCUCACUUGCUCCUCACCUGUGUUACCUAGUUCUGCAAAUGCCGUAAAUGACUAUACAGCAGUAUAUGGCCUCAAGGUGGACAUCUGGGCAGCUGGUGUGAUCACUUACAUCCUGCUGUGUGGCUUCCCUCCAUUCCGUGGAAGCGGCGAUGACCAGGAGGUGCUUUUUGAUCAGAUUUUGAUGGGGCAAGUGGACUUUCCUUCUCCGUAUUGGGAUAAUGUUUCUGAUUCUGCAAAGGGGCUCAUCACCAUGAUGCUGUUGGUGGAUGUCGAUCAGCGAUUCUCCGCCGUGCAGGUCCUCGAGCAUCCCUGGGUUAACGAUGAUGGCCUCCCAGAAAAUGAGCAUCAGCUGUCAGUAGCUGGAAAGAUAAAGAAGCAUUUCAACACAGGCCCCAAGCCGAAUAGCACAGCAGCUGGAGUUUCUGUCAUAGCACUGGACCACGGGUUUACCAUCAAGAGAUCAGGGUCUUUGGACUACUACCAACAACCAGGAAUGUAUUGGAUAAGACCACCGCUCUUGAUAAGGAGAGGCAGGUUUUCCGACGAAGACGCAACCCGGAUGUGAGGAGCCGGUACAAGGCGCAGCCAGCUCCGCCGGAACUCAACUCGGAGUCGGAGGACUACUCCCCCAGCUCCUCCGAGACUGUUCGCUCCCCCAACUCGCCCUUUUAACAAGACCCUUUCACUCAAAGUCCUGGCUUAACCCUUUGAGACUCUGAGAUUUUUUCCCCCCAAAUUUAUGUAAAAACAGUUUCAUCUGAUCUAUCUAGCACUCGAUGCUUGAAUGGCAGAACAGAAAGUGUGUUUUCAGGUAUCUUUGUAGCGUUUUCCCUCUACCGAAUGAGAUGAUGACACGUGGUGUUUGUGAAGAUGGUAAUUUGCUGCUAACAGGGUCCUCAAAGGGUUAAGGCUAAUUUGCAAUUUUUUUUUAAACAUAGAAGCAAUGAAUGUUUUCGUCAAUCAAGCUAGGGCCUGCAGUAGGUAACAUAGCACAUGUUAACCCUCUGAGUGCAUGGAACUGUAUCGCGAACCCUUGUUAGGGAAUUUUUCGGGCCUUUGGAUGUAUACGCACACACGUUUCUUGAUUUUGCUGCAGAUCAAGGUCUGUUGUGAGACUCUGAAAUGUCCAGGCAAGAAGGACAUCUAGAAUGCUCUCUUGCUUGUCCUUUUCUGUGGGUUUAGAACAUGGCAGAUUUCUAACUUUGGCAUACACACCCCUCUUUCUUCUUCACAAUCCUAUUAAGAAAGGGAACUUUUCUCAUUAGAGAUACGACUGUGUCAGCUGCAGUGAGUCCUGCGUCCCAAGUGGAGGGAAUUGGGUUUGUGGUAAACAGGAAAGAGAUGAGGCCCCCCCACCCCAGAUGUCUCCAUAUGAGGAUGUACUGAUCAUGCCCCAGAAAUGCUGCUUCCACAUCAGCUGCUGCUAGCGCCAGCGCAGACCCUCAGGGAAUCACCAGGGCUUGUCUUGUGCUUGGUGAGUGAGGGUCUGUCUGCUCAGUGUCAGACAUCUACAGGAAAGAAACAACUGGUGGAAAAGAGCAAUAAAUUUCCAGGUGCUCUAGAGGGCUGGAAUUUCAAACAGAAAGAGGAAACAAGAUCCUGUGCUUUUUGUCACCUGCUUCUUCAUGCACCAUGGUCAUCAGUGUGCACUCCACAUAUAGUAUGAAAUCCAUGCAGGAGAACUGGGGCCCAAAGGAGCUAGAGUCAAGUCCUUUGCAUGGUGGCCCAGGAGAAAGCACAGUGGGAAC